GAAACUUGUGUCUAAAAUGGGACCCAGGUCUCAUUCCCUAUUACUUACUGUGUUUAUAUCUUAACUGUUACUGCAGGAAAGCUGUUUAGUAUACAGAGAGCAAGAGKAUAUCUACAAAGGAACAAGACCAAGGAGACAACAGUAAAGAAAACAAGUAAGUGUCAACUGCAGCUCUCAUUCUACAGAUGGAGAYGACAGACAGAAGAAAUACCCUGAAUUAUCAGACAUUGUGAUGAAAAAACAUACAGCAGGUAAAGAAUCUCACCAUGCCAAACUACAAACUGAUUUAUUUUAAUAUGAGGGGGAGAGCAGAAAUUAUCCGUUACAUAUUUGCUUAUUUGGAUAUAAAGUAUGAAGAUCACAGAAUAGAACAUGCUGACUGGCCUAAAAUAAAACCAACUCUUCCAUUUGGUAAAAUCCCUGUUUUGGAAGUGGAUGGUCUUACCCUUCACCAGAGCCUGGCAAUAGCAAGAUACUUUGCCAGAAACACAGAUUUGGCUGGAAAAACAGAGAUGGAACAAUGUCAAGUCGAUGCUAUUGCAGAUACAUUGGAUGAUUUCAUGGCAACUUUUCCUUGGGCAGAGAAAAACCAAGAUGUAAAAGAGCAGAUGUUUAAUAAGAUUCUCACGUAUGAUGCACCUCAUUUUUUGCAAGAUUUGGACAAAUAUUUAGGGGACAAAGAGUGGCUUAUUGGUAACUAUGUAACUUGGGCAGAUUUCUACUGGGACAUUUGCAGUACUACACUUUUGGUCCUCAAACCUGACUUGUUGGACGCCCAUCCCAGGCUAUUGGCAUUGCAGAAGAAAGUACGAGCCAUUCCUGCCAUUGCAGACUGGAUCCAAAGGAGGCCCCAAACCAAACUCUAGCUGAUAUGUGCCAUCCUGAGGUUUUCAUGUUCACUGCCAUCUUUCCAUGAGAUAAGACAGGUCUAUCAACCUACCAGAUAAUUCACAAACUCCCCCCCACCUCUGCCAUGACUUUCAUCUUUCAGGUCAUAUUCUUGAAAAAGAAUUAGUAUCUUUUUUUGUUUGUUUGUUUGUUUAGAAAACUUAAUACCAUUUUUAAUUGAGAAAGUCUUUCACAAUACAUGUAGACUUUGCUUAGCACUGGUUCCAACAUGCAUGAAUGCUUCAGUCAAAGAAUAUCAGUUGCUCAAAUAAUAGUCUGGAUUUCAGUUAGCAUAGUAUACUGAGUAGUUGCAUGAUAUAAAAACUUGGUAGCUAGCUCUUCAGUCCACAAAUCACUGCAUUAAUGAUGGGUGCACAUAAUAAUCAAUCAAUCAUUAAAUGAMUGGCAACUGUACAUCUGUUAUUCACACACAGACAGCAAGGCAUAGUAUAGUUGUAUUGCAUGCUUGUUUCUCAGUGAUAAAUCCAUUUGACAUCUUACAAAAAUGGAUAAUUAAAAGGGAGCCCACCAACACAAACUAUGGACUUUGGGCAAUGGUGUGUCAAUGUAUAAAAAAUGUAGGGGAGGARGUUGUGCAUGUAUGGGAACGGGGAAUGUAUGGAAAUUCUUUCUGCUCAAUUUUUCUGUGAACCUAAAACUGCUUUAAAAACAAAGUCUGUUAGCCAGCUUUCUGUCACUGUGAAAAAAGAUUUAUUUUGGUUCACAUUUUCAAUGGUUUUAUUCCAUGAAUGGGAUAAAACCCUAUUUUUUAGCCUGCAAAAUAUUAUGGUAGGGGGGCAUGUGAUAGAGCAAAGUUGGCUUACCUCAUAGCAGCCAGGAAGUAGGGGUUAUGGGGAGGGAGAGGAGUGGUCCUAAAAACCCUAUCAAGUGCAUGACCCAAGGACCUAACUUCCUAACUAUGCACCACUCCCAAGAGUGCCACAGGCUGGCAACCAAGCCUCCAACACAUGAGCUUUUGAUGGAGAUUCCAGAUCCAAAUUAUAGUAGUCUGUAAAAACAAAGAACAAUACAGAACAGUAAUUUACCUAGAAAGAAUAAAAUGCUUGAGGCUGAUAACUUAGGAGUAUAACAAUUUGCUAAAACAUAAAAAAUUCUUGCUGUAAAUUACACAAAGAGAUGGUACUGUUCAACCUAUUCAGUAAUUUUUAAAUAAAACUCUUAAUUCUCAA